AUGUCUUCCGGUAUCUCGAAGAGCAAACAUACUGCCCCUAGUACCAAAGACGACGAACCACCUGUGGUAUCGCUUGAUUCACCUUUCCUCGCCCUCGCCGAACGAGGUUACCGGUAUCAAAAACACACAAUCUCCAUACCCGACCGAUACGGCUUCUUUUCAGCUGGCCCUCCCAACGAACAAGUACGCCAGGGUAUCUUAUUCGUUCUGUUGUUCAUUACGGUUCUGCUCCAGAUUGGCCUUGGAGCGUCGGUCGCUAUUGUCAACGCGCGCAGAUCAGAUACGAGGCCUUUUUGGCCACUACCCGUGGUGUGUUCCUUACUGGAUGGUGGUCUUGUGGCACUUAUUUGGAUUUCUGAGUGUGGUAAGAGAGGUCGAGAGAAUGAUUGUGAUUUGAAAGACGGGGAAAAGACGAAUUAG